AUGGGCGCCCAAACAUCCGGAACUUUCGAAUCAGGGGAAAUCAUCAGUGCUUUCAAAGGCUACGAGACCGACUACGAGCUUGGAGCUAAAGCUGCACUCCGGGCCUUUAUCGAUUACUGCAUACAGAUCGUGAAGUCCGUGCCGCAGCAUGGGGUGAACCUCUCACCUUUGCAGCAGCCCGACGCAACGCCAGCUGCAGCCUUGGAGGCCGUGCGCGACGCUUCACGGGUCAACGACCAGCGCAGAGAUGCCUGGGAUAA